GUGCGCCGACGCGUCGAUCAUCGCAGACGCGCUGCGAGCCUUCGUGGCCGAGGACUGGCUCACGUACGGGAGCGAGCCUGGCAAGGACAAAUUCAACGAGACGCUCCGCAGCAUGAUGCGCCACCUCUACGACCCGUUGCGGCGCGAGCGCCAGGAGGGCAAGGUCCCGCAGUGGCUCAGCAAGCUUCGCGAGAAGCAAGGCAUAGCGCGGGCGGCGCCCUCGACCAGGCCAUCGCCCGCAUCUGCGGCAUCCGCCGCCUCUGACUACGCGGUGACGUGCGACGCGGCGUCGGGCACCGCCUUCAGGAAGGUCAAGGGCAAGAAGGCUGAGCCGACGAACGUGUUCGAGUGCAAGCCGACCGCCAAGGGUCACCAUUUCAUGGCGGCGAAGUGGGGCGACGGCUACUCCUCGGAGAUCUCGUCCUUGACCGUCGCCGCGUGGAGGAGCCGUGAGAAGCAGGCCGCCUCCAGCGGAAAGCGGUGCCUCAAGCUUUUCUCUGGGAAGAUGGAUGGCGGCGCGACGGUCUCGGCGGAGAAGAAGAAGCUUGACCCCAAUAACCCUGGCGUGAUAAUAAAGGUGAACGGCUCCCAGAAGGUGCAGCUCAGCUUCAACUACGUGCCAGAGGCGGUGGCAUGCGCUCAGGCCGUGGCGUGGGCCAAGGGCGCAUUGGCUGGCAGGUGCGACUACGACAACGACCUGAAGCCGAUGAAGGAGAAGCUUCAACGGUCACAUGCCUCGCAUGCCGCGACUGCAGGCUUGAAGCGUCCAGCUGCAAGCACCGCCAUCGAGCACAAGAAGCCGCGGCCUGCCGCG